AUGAAAAAAACUAAACGAAUCUGUAUAAUUGGUGGAGGGUCCAGCGGAAUGACCUCCAUCAAAGCCUGUUUAGAAGAGAAGCUACAACCGAUUUGUUUUGAAAAAACUGACCAGCUUGGUGGACUUUGGCGAUAUCGAGAUGACACUUCAGAUGACUUAGCCUCGGUGAUGAAGUCCACAAUUAUAAACAGCAGUAAAGAAAUGAGUGCGUACAGCGACUACCCACCACCAAAAGAAUUCCCGAACUACAUGCAUCAUAGCUACAUGAUCAGGUAUAUUGAAAUGUACGCUGAAAAGUUUGACCUCGUUCAACAUGUCCGCUUUCGUCACGAAAUUCUGAAAGUUGUUGAAAAUCAAGAUCCCGAGAAAAAUGAAUGCUGGAAAGUAACCAUCCGGGACAUCGCCAAAGGCCAAAGUUUUGACGACUUUUUUGAUGGAAUAAUGGUGUGUAGUGGCCACCACGUGUACCCACAAAUUCCCACCUUCCCAGGGAUGGAGAGUUUUAAAGGUAAAGUCCUUCACACCCACGACUACAAAAAGCCUGAUGGAUUAGGAGACAAAAAAAUUGUGAUUGUGGGUAUUGGAAACUCUGGAGGAGAUGUGGCUGUGGAACUCAGCCAAAUCGCUGAUAAGGUGUACUUAAGCACCAGAAGUGGUUGCUGGAUAAUUCCUAGGGUUGGACCUCACGGCUUGCCCUUUGAUGCCACGUUCCUGAAACGAUCUUGGAACACACUCUGGAAUAAUGCUCCUUAUAGCCUAUUAUGCUAUAUUUCAGAGAAAUACGUCAAUACGCGAUUCAAUCACGAGACUUAUUGCAUCAAACCGAAACACCGCAUUUUCGGACAGCACCCUAUGGUAAACGAUGCUUUACCCAACCGGAUACUGAGUGGAACUGUAGAACUGAAAGGAAAUAUUAAAGAAUUCACCGAGAACGGAGUAAUCUUUGAAGGAGAGGAUGAAGAACUUGGGGUAGAUGUUGUUAUUCUAGCCACGGGCUAUAAAAUCGACUUUCCUUUUAUAGACGACAAAAUAUUUUCUGUUAAAGACAACAAGGUAGAGUUGUACAAGUACGUGUUCCCUCCGAAGCUGAAACACCAAUCUCUAGCCUUCAUCGCAUUAGCGCAACCAGUUGGUUCCCUGCUUCCAAUUGGCGAGAUCCAAGCUCGUUGGUUCGCCCUGUUGAUGGCAAAAAAAGUGAAACUCCCUCCUGUAGAAGAGAUGAUGGACGACAUCAAAAAGAAACAUGAUGAUCAGGUCAAGAGAUAUUUGGAAAAUCCACGAUACACAAUUCAGCUGGACUGGAUUUCGUACAUGGAUGAAAUAGCCUCUCUUAUCAAUGCUAAGCUUAACCUUUUUUAUCUGUUGCUAACUGAUCCUAAUUUCUUUAGGCAAUGCUUUUUUGGUCCUUGUCUUCCUUAUCAGUUUCGAGUUAGCGGUCCUCAUUCAUGGGGAGAAGCCAGAAGGACGAUCAUGACGUACAAUGAACGUGUAUUUGGAGCCCUUAAGACUCGUCAUUUAAGUGAGAAAGAAAACGUACAGUCUUGGGAGUUCUUCAAAUUUCUGGUAAAAGCUUUGUUCUUGAUUCUUAUAGCACUUGUAUUGUCAAAUCAUGUAAUUUGAACCACUGAAGAUAGCCGUCAAAAACUGUGUAACAGUGAGGUCUCAAAAUGGCAGAGAGACCUCAGUAUACAGUUGCUGAAGAUGAAGGGUCAAUAAUAAAAACAAGAUGAUAUUGUGAGUCACUAGUUGGUAUCAAUCGUCCGAAAUAUAUGGAGAUAAGUUGUAAUA